CGUGACAAGUGCUGAGAGGAGCCGGGCCAUUACAGGUCCCUGUGAUGCCGAAGAAGCCACUUUGAUAUGUUAAUAUGCACCUCAGCCAUUUGUCCUGAGUUUCUUUGGGACCUAACACCUACUGGUUCCAACUCCUGCUCCCGCCUGUCAAAGAUGGCUCUGCUUCUCCUCCUCCUCCUCCUCGAGGGCUUCUGGGCCCAGGUGGUGAGCCCUCAAGAGUUGCAGAAUGCAACAAUGGCAGCGACGUUGACAUCUGCCCUGCAUACCAAGGUCCCAAGUACUUCGGAGGCCUUGAUUAUCAACUCAACAGGAUCUACUGGGCCAGUGACAGUGGGCCCUAAGGAGACCACCAGCAUCUGGAGGCCGACCCCAACCCCACCUUCCUCAUCCUCCUUGGCAACUAACGAAUUUUCUUCUUUUGGGAUUCCCAUUGGUGACAAUGUGACCACCCCUGUACGGGAGACUACAACCUUCCAAGAAGUUUCCAGCAAGACAUCAGUGCUGUUUCCAGAACCAUCAGAUGUAUCCAGUGACCCUCCAAUCACCACAGCCAAUCCUGUGACAUUGACCUCUCUGGAAACCGUUAAGGGGACCAGUGCACGCCCUGUUACCAUGACAACAAGCUCUACCGAGACCGGUGGACCCUCUGUGGCUACAACGGUCAGCUCCAAGACCAGUGGUCCCCCUGUCACCAUGGCUACAGGGUCUCUGUGGCCCUCCAAUGAGACUCAUGGAAACUCUGCCACCAUGACAACCAGAUCUGUGGAGAGUUCCAGUGUGGCAGGUGGCACCCCGGUCUCCGGCGUAAAAACAUCCAUGACGCCUAGCUCAAAGCCAGAGCCCAUAGCCACCAGGACACCACAGCAGGGAUCGAGUGGCAUGUUCCUGGUGCCCAUGCUUGUCGCCUUGGUGGUGGUUGUGGCCCUUGUGGCGCUAUUGCUGCUGUGGCGCCGGCGGCAGAAGCGGAGGACCGGGGCCCUGAUCCUGAGCAGAGGUGGAAAGCGAAACGGGGUAGUGGAUGCCUGGGCUGGGCCGGCUCAUGUUUCUGAUGAGGAGGCCACAGCAGCAACAGCAUCAGGGCCAGGGGGCAGUAAGGGCUCCGGGGCCGUGGAGACAGAGAGGUCCGGGCAGCGGCCCACACUCACCACGUUCUUCAGCAGACGGAAGUCUCGGCAGGGCUCUGUAGUAAUGGAAGAGCUGAAGCCCAGCCCAGAUCCCAACCUGAAGGGAGAGGAAGAGCCUCUGGUGGGCAGCGAGGAUGACGCCGUGGAAACCCCUACUUCUGAUGGCCUACAGGCCAAAGAUGGGGCUGCACCUCAGUGCUUAUGAGCAACGGGUCUCCAUCCAACCUGCUCCUUAACCCUGGAUCCUGCUGUCAGCAUCCUCACACUUGGCGUUUGUGAAUAGCUGUGGACAAAAUGCAUGCAUGCAUGCGUUCAUUCAUUCAUUGAUUC